AGUAUUCAAUAUGGUGGACAGGCUGUCGGACUUUACAUAAAAAAUGUCCUUCAAACGAGUCGGCGAUGAUCCCAGCGCACUGAGAAUACAAAAGGUUUGGUAUUUUAUCUUACUGCCACAGGUCGCAUUCUAUCUCUCGUUUCCCUCGUGACAGAGCGUUAAGCUGAUCCAACUCAUUGAGCUUUUAAUGUUAUACUUUAAAUGUUUUUCUUUGACGUAGAAACAGCGAGUUUCUGACCUAUUACUGGAAGAUAUUCCUGAUGACGAGGCUAAACUCUUAAAAAAUGGAAGGUAAAGAACUGUUCAGUAAGCAAGCUAAUAAAGAUUGAGAAAUUCUCAGCUGUUAAGAGACAGCAGAAGAGAAAAGCUUGCAUUUUAGUUCUAAAAAAAUUUGAAAUCGUAAUUAGUGGUAGAGUGCUCUGUUAACAGUAAGCCUUAUCCCUAGAAAUUAGGUGAGCAGGAAUUUAAGUAUCAAUUGUAUUUCUUAUGAUCAGAUUGCAAAGGCUGGAAUGUCUCUGUAAAAACGCAUGUACUCAUUCAUUUCAGCAAGACAAUUAAAAAGCAACAUGAAAAUGAACAUGUUUAACUGGUGAAAGACUGCAAAUCAUAGAAGUUAAAUACAUCUGCCAUUUAUAGAGGAUUAUUUUACAGCACACUCGCCAUAGAGAAAUACAAAUAACUUUCAACAGAAAAAAGCUCAAGUGAGAAUUUUGCUUUUCAAGUUCUGUAAGCCUUGUGUAACAGGCCAUUUUUGAGUUGCAGAAGCUCUCACUUUCAAUACAAGGCCAAUUGCUAAACUUUUCCAGUGAAAUAUUAUGAGAUUUAAUUGCAAAAUAAUAAUAAAAAAUCAUUUUAAUAUCAAUGGCUUCAUACUUAAUCUUGUAGUCUGAAAUACCAGCUGUCUCCAGAGUCUCUCUCCCCUGCGCCCCACGGGUUAAGGGCUGGAGGAGGCUGACAUUUCAGACUAUUAAUCGUGCUUUAAAAUGGAGGCUUGGGGCAACUCAUGAAUGGUCUAUUGAUGCAAACUUGGGAGGAGAUAUUUUUUUAUUGUAGUACUGUCUCAAUAGGGCAAGUGCUGGCAUUCUAUUCACCACUUUUGUUUUGCCCCUAAAACACCUUGUUCACCCACCAAAAGUGUUGCUCAUCCGUUGUUUCCAGUUUCUACUGGGUAUUAACAAUGAUCCCAAGAAGUAUUGAAAACAAUACUUAUACAAUUUUUUUUCUUUUUUUUUUCUCAGCGGGGGGCGCAGGGGGGUUAGGGGAACAAGGCAUAUCAAUAUAGGCAAUGUAAAAGUGGCAAAUACCAAAUUACACAGUCACAUCAUCUGCACCAGCCUAGUUAGAUCAAUGAGCUAGAUUUUGCCAUAAUUACGGUGUGCAAGGUAAUGAGCAAGUAUUGGAUUUGGUUCUGUGAUAUCUUGAAUAAUCAAGGUGAAAGUAAGUUUUUAGCCUCAGCUAAUAACACUUACACUUAGCAAGACCUUUAUUACUACAGGUGUAUAUUACACAAACUAAUCUGAUAUACAAUUUAUUACACAUUGUUUUGAAGAAAAUAAGGACAAAAAUACCAAUGCACAGUUUGACAUUGCUCUUGGAAAUCAUGCAUCUGCAAUGCAUGAUUUCCAUGAUUUCCCAACCUACAGAUUAGUCAGAUAACUACAAUGUGGCUAAUUUGUAGGUUGUACUGAUUUCUAGAAUUAACCUUAUGUUGCUAUAUGCCAAUGAAAAGAUAGUUGGUACACUGGUACAGUGUAUAAUAAUAAUAUUAAUAAUAAUAUUAUUUUUAUUGCUUAUUUCCUUGUAGGUUUGCUUGUGUGGUGUGUAAGCACUGUCCUGUGUUUGACACUGUUGCAAUGUUAAGUAUUCACAGGCAAGGAAAGAAACAUUUAGCCAGUAAGUUAUUUUAUGAUCCAAAUGAGCAGACAUUGGCUAGAGAUUCUAGUAUACUGUCAGCCGCAAAAUGGUCAGUUUAGGAUCUUUGUGAAAAGCCAUAUUUUGUACCUUCGCUUAAUUCUUUUUAUAAUCACUGCAAUUACUGACAUAAAAAUAUAUAUUUUGAAAGAUAAUGGAAGGCCACAUAUAGGUCACUUUUGCAGUCAUAUAUGAGAUGAAUUUACAGCGUACCUAUCCCUACACAAAGAUUCCUGCCAAAGAAAAUAAUGAUACCCUUCCCCCCUCCCCCCCCCUUCACGAAGCUUGCUUUUAUCAUGGCUUGCACGAUAGUAUAUGUGGCAUGAUUGUUGACCGCUCAUUUAUAAACUUCGUUAUCUAUCUGUUGCUUUGUUAUGCAAUAUUUAAAAAUUAUUCCUCUAGCCCAAAUGGCCUCUGAGUCAAUAGCCCAUUCGGCCUUUGGCCUCAUGGGCUAUUGACUCAGAGCCCAUUUGGGCUAGAGGAAUAAUUGUUUUAGUAAAAUCCAACUAGUUGGUCAAAAAUACCGAGACAAAACAACUGUACAGUCAUGUAGCUAGUAAAACGCGAUUCAACCACCAUUGUUUUGGUUUUCAAAGCUAGCGCUUUUCGCUACAAGUGGGCUAUAACAUGUAACCUAGUAGUAGCUCAACCAAUCAGAAUGCAGCAUUGAUAAUAGACUACUAGUUGGAUUUUACUAAAUUGUGGUAUUCACUGUAAUGUGGUCAAGCCUUCUUCUAAGUUCACUGCUUUGAGAGAUAGCAUCACUUGUGUCGUGCAUGUCUGUACCGCCUCCUUUGACCUAAGUGACUUAUUGUUAAGAAGUGACUAAGAAAGACCUCUGCAAGGCAAAAUUGAGAUUCUUUGGGACGGUAUUAGUAUGAAUAAAAAUAUUUUUCUCGCUUUGUUGUAGAAACAAUUUUCUUUCGCAUAAAAUUGCGGUGUAACGGCAUUUUUGAGGGAAAUAUUCUUUCCAGGGGUACCCAACCAAGUUAAAAAAAAUACGGAAAUUCCAGUGGGUUGGGGGAUCUGAAACAAAAGUGCUCUCCGUGGGGGCGAGGGGGUGUAUGGGUAUUUUUUUCCGAACUAGACAAUAUUAGAAUGUUUUCACUGUUAUGACGCUUUUCUGCUUUAUUUUCAAGUAAAGGUAAAUCUUGGAAAUAAUGCCCCUGUAAGACUCCAGAUCUAGGCCUUCUUCAAAUAGUUGACUCUGGCUACGCUCACACCGCAGCGGAAGAAUUUUUGACCCGUUGAAAAUUCGUGCAUUUAGUUGCUUCAUUCAGAAGGAACCACCUUAACCGUGCGAAAAUUUAGACGAUUAGCCUUUCAAAGUUCUAUGUAAGCAGAGCGAAAAUAUUGAACUGUCCCGUGUGAACGAAGUGUUCGAUCCAAUUUUUUAGCCGGUCGAAAACGUCCAUACAAUUAGGGUAGUUUUCUCUUUGUUUUUUUUUUUUUGUCAGAUGCUAAGGUAAGACUAGAGAAGCUGAAGGAAGAUGCUGAGUUGCGGCAAAAGAGAGAGCAUUUGAAAUACCUGGAGACACUAGGAACUGAUUUGAGCGAAGAACAAGCCCCAUUACUGAAAAUCACACAACUAAAGACGGAACGUGCUUUACAAGGAUCAAAACAGCUGAUUGGGUGUACAAAGAACGAAACAAAACCGAACAAUGUGCCUUUCUUUCAGUCACGAAAAUAUAUCACACUUAAUCUCAGUGAUGUCACAACAGGAGAUAUAAACAGGACAGAAUCAAACAUCUUGACAAAUCCAGGCCGAGGAAAACCAAAGCAGUCUUUCUUUCAAUGUAAGCAAACUUUUAACCCACCCGUAACUAGCAUAACAGCAUCAGUUGGAAAAUCAACUUCAAAGGAUCCAUCAGAGACUGGGAGCAAUUCUUACUCAAACAAACCGAGCUCCAGUGAAUCUGGCAAGCUUCCCAAUGGUACAAGUGAUGUUAAGAAAGUUCUAAUUCCUAGCGAAAAAGCUAGGAGAGAGCAUUUUUCUCGCCUGCGGCAAGCUGGGUGGAUCAUGGGCUUGGAUGGAAAGUGGUACAAGGAUGAGAAUGCUGAAUUUGAUUCGGAUGAAGACGAACCACCACCACUACCACCAUAA